CGCCAGCCGCACGGCCCAUUCCCGGGCCGCGCCGGGGCUCGAGGCGGCGGCUCCGCUGGGUUCCGGGCUGGGCAGCCGGGCGCAGGUCCAGGGCCCAAGGGGCCGAGCGGCGCCAGGCAGCGGAUCGCGCGGAGGGCGGUGGCCUGGGCCCGCCGAGCCAUGGCGGCUCCGGAGCCGACGCCGAGGCGGGGCCGCGAGCGGGAGCGGGAGGACGAGAGCGAGGACGAGAGCGACAUCCUGGAGGAGAGCCCGUGCGGCCGCUGGCAGAAGCGGAGGGAGCAGGUGAACCAGGGGAACAUGCCCGGGAUCCAGAGCACCUUCCUGGCCAUGGACACGGAGGAGGGCGUGGAAGUGGUGUGGAAUGAGCUCCACUUCGGGAACAGGAAGGCCUUCGCGGCCCACGAGGAGAAGAUCCAGACCAUGUUCGAGCAGCUGGCACUGGUGGACCACCCCAACAUCGUUAAACUGCACAAGUACUGGCUGGACGCCUCCGAGGCCCGCGCCAGGGUCAUCUUCAUCACGGAGUACGUGUCCUCCGGCAGCCUCAAGCAGUUCCUCAAAAAGACCAAGAAGAACCACAAGGCCAUGAACGCCCGGGCCUGGAAGCGCUGGUGCACGCAGAUCCUGUCUGCGCUCAGCUUUCUGCAUGCGUGCAGCCCCCCCAUCAUCCACGGGAACCUGACCAGUGACACCAUCUUCAUCCAGCACAACGGCCUCAUCAAGAUCGGCUCUGUGUGGUACCGAAUCUUCUCCAAUGCGCUCCCCGAUGACCUCCGCAGCCCCAUCCGGGCCGAGCGCGAGGAGCUGCGGAACCUGCACUUCUUCCCUCCGGAGUAUGGCGAGGUCAACGACGGGACCGCCGUGGACAUCUUCUCCUUUGGGAUGUGCGCCCUGGAGAUGGCCGUGCUGGAGAUCCAAGCCAACGGGGACACCCGAGUCACAGAAGAGGCGAUUGCCCGGGCCAGGCACUCCCUGAGUGACCCCAACAUGCGGGAGUUCAUCCUCUCCUGCCUGGCCCGAGACCCCGCCCGCCGGCCCUCCGCUCACAACCUCCUCUUCCACCGCGUGCUCUUCGAGGUGCACUCGCUGAAGCUGCUGGCUGCGCACUGCCUCAUCCAGCACCAGUACCUCAUGCCUGAAAACGUGGUGGAGGAAAAGACCAAAGCAAUGGACCUGCACGCGGUCCUGGCUGAGAUGCCGCAGCCCCACGGCCCCCCCAUGCAGUGGCGGUACUCAGAGGUCUCGUUCUUGGAGCUGGACAAGUUCCUGGAGGACGUCAGGAAUGGCAUCUACCCGCUGAUGAAUUUCGCGGCUGCGCGGCCCCUGGGGCUGCCUCGGGUGCUAGCCCCACCCCCGGAGGAAGCCCAGAAGGCCAAGACCCCGACGCCGGAGCCCUUUGACUCUGAGACCAGGAAGGUGGUCCAGAUGCAGUGUAACCUGGAGCGCGGCGAGGACCAGGCGCGCUGGCACCUCACGCUGCUCUUGGUGCUGGAGGACAGGCUGCACCGGCAGCUGACCUACGACCUGCUCCCAACUGACAGCGCCCAGGACCUGGCAGCAGAGCUGGUGCACUACGGCUUCCUGCAUGAGGACGACCGGGCAAAGCUGGCCGCCUUCCUGGAAAGCACCUUCCUCAAGUACCGGGGGACCCAGGCUUGAGCCGCGCAGCCCUGGAAGCCCGGCGAGGCGUCGCUGCUCGGGGUGCCCCCACCCCCAGAUGCCCUCAGCGUGCCUCCCGAGUGAAGGAAUCCUGGGCCUGCUGGUGAGGGCCCC